AUGAACUCCAAACCUACAGAUACGGAGAGGCCACAAGCGCAGUUGGAUAAUUCAUCUACUCUGUCUAAAAAAGCUCCACUUCUUCCACCGGGGCCUUUAAACAAUAACAAGGAAAUCUCCGAGUUAACUGCGGAAAUCAGAGGCCUACGUUCUGAAGUGUCCACGAUUCAGUCCCAGAUUAAAGAGGUUCUAGACAAGCUUUCAUUUCAUACCGAACGCCUGGAAAAUAUUUCCAACAGAAUAUCAGACAAUGAAUCUAGAAUCAAAUCUCUUGAAGACAAACAAGUACAGACUGCUGAACUCCAAGAGACAGUGUCUAGGCUUCAGGACCAGUUGAACAAACAGGAACAAGUUGCAUUGAGAAAUGAAAUCGAGAUAGUUGGUUGCCCUGAAAGCCCUAAUGAAAAUCCCAUCCAUAUUGUAUUAACUACUGCAGCGAAAAUUGGUGUGACUCUCACCCACUGUGACGUAGAUGCUGCUUGGAGGGCGGGACCCCGUCUGCGCUCAGCCAGAUCAUCAGGCAUGGAAGGAGUUAACCACCGCAUCCACCCUCGACCAAUAGCCAUCCGCUUUAUCCGUCGUGCAACGCGUGACGAGUUCCUUAAAGCUGCGAAGACUCGGCGCAAUGUAACAACAGAAGAUCUCGUUUUGAAUGACAAAAAUCCCCAAAAGAUUUUUGUAAACGAGCGAUUGACCAGAGAAAAUCGACAGCUUUUUCGUGCCGCUAGACAACGGGCCACGGUUGCUAAAUUUAAAUACUGCUGGACAUCUUCAGGUUCUGUGUAUGUCAGGAAGCACGACGCUGCUGCUGCUAUUCACAUCCGCAAUCCUCUGGACUUGGAUCGUAUUGCCGGGGAUUCUAACAAAGAAUCUGAGAAUCCCUAUGCUGCUCCUGGUAUCAGUGCUGCGGACCCUAUUGAAUCGUGA